AUGUCGACGUUACAGCCGCGUGACAUUAUGCCGCACAAUGCUUAUGGAGAAAUCGAGUUCCACGGGGCGGGCCAUUACAGUAGAGCCAAGUUUAUUCGUCUUUCGCACGAUACUGACCCAGAAUUAGCCUAUGAUCUUCUUUGUAACGAAUGGGAUAUUGGCGUACCAAAGCUUUUAAUAUCUGUUACUGGAGGAGCCAAAAACUUUGUCAUUCAACCAAAGCUUAARCAAAUUUUACGGCAUGGAUUACUUAAGGCAGCCCAGAUUACAGGUGCAUGGCUKAUWACYGGUGGAACGAACACAGGWGUCAUGAAGCACAUUGGUGAGGCAGUGCGUGGUCACACAGUCAUGUCACGUGGUGCACAGCUUAAAGACAGGGCUCAUAAAGUGCACUUGAUUGGUAUUGCAAGUUGGGGGAUAGUUAACCAUAGAGAAAAACUUGUCGAUGCUCAGGAAGUAGUAGCCUAUCACAUGACGUCCAGUUUGCAAUCAAGUGGUGCCUGCCUGGACAAUAAUCAUUCGCACUUUAUCCUGGUCGAUAAUGGUACCAUAGAUCAGUAUGGGGURGAGAUCUCCUUCAGAGCAAACCUAGAGAAUUGUAUUGCCAGGAAAACUAUGUUGUGUGGUGAGUUGACGACGUGGUAUUAA